GUUGAUGGACAUCACGAAGGUCAUAGUGGGAAAAUGCUGGCCGACAUCAACGGCUACUGGCAAAAGCCAAUCCAAGCCCGGCCUAACGUCGUUCUCAUCCACGCCGGCACCAACAACAUGGACCAAGGAAAGGAUCUGGACAUUGCGGCAUCCAUUCUCGCAGACAUCGUCGACGGGAUCUUCAAAGUUGCACCAGAUGUCACAAUCUGUCUCGCGCCAGUGAUUUGGGCCAACGAUAAGAAGAUGCAAGCAAAUACGGAUAAAUUCAAUCCUCAAGUUCGUUCACUUAUUUCAGCAAGGCAAAAGAAGGGAAAGCAUAUUCUUGAGGUACCUAUUGAUAUCAAAAAGGAGGAUCUUGGUGAUUCGAAGCACCCGAACGAUGAUGGUUAUGAGAAGAUGGCAAAUGCUUGGUUGAAAGCGAUUUUAGAGGCUGAUAAGAAGGGUUGGUUGAAGAUGCCCAUCAAGAUGAGCCCUGAAGAUGCGCCAGGAACUGGGCUUGGAGCGUGAAAUAUAAUGACAAUUAAUGUAGCGCAAUACCAUAGUGAUG